AUGGAAUUUAUUGCAUCUUUUGAUAAAUUUGGUGCUGUCUAUAAACCAAAAUUAAAAUAAGAAUAAAAUAAUUAUAAGACUGUUUUAGGUGGAAUUAUUUCAAUAUUAAUAUACUUAGUAAGUUUCAUCUAUUUUUGUUACAAAAUCUAUUAGUUUGGAAAGAAUGAAGUUAAUCCCAUAUAAUCUAUUGCUUAUGAAUAUACACAAAAUUUAACAAUAACUAAUAAUGAUAAUUUAUUGAGUUUCGAAAUUUUAGGAACCAAAAUUAAUCCAUUUAAUAGGACUGCUCAAAUACUUGUCCCAGUUAUGGUUUCAUAAGGAAUAAAUGAAUCAAGUAAUUAAAUAACUUAUGCUAUAGUUUUUUAUUAGUAUGAUGAUAUUUACAACAACUAAGAAAUUAAUUUUGAGACACAAAAAUACACUCCAAAAAAUUUAAGUCUUUAAAAUGGAUUGGGUGAUUAUCCAAAUAGAAUUAUGAUUGGAUUAUAAGUGUGUAAUUCACUUUAACACAAAAAUUGUGCUGAUAAUUCUCUUAUUGAUUAAUUUUUUAAGUAUUUUAACAUAAUGAUAAAAUUAGUUAAAGCAAUCUCUUGAUUAAAACAUCUGUAAUAACAGAAUAAUAUAAUUCAUUUUAACGUAGUAUCAACAAUAUGUCAACAGAAUUAAACUUCGCCAUCGAUAGAUACACAACUUUUUAUUAAAGAAUCAUUAUGCAAACUCAAUUUUUAUAAAUAGAUGAUGGACCCUUAUUUCCAUCAUAUAACUCUAAAUGGAUUUUUUGUGAUUCAUAAGUCCAAACUUAAAGUUUAGGCCCUACUUUUAAAAGAGACUUUGAAUCAAUAUUUCUCACUGAAUUAUCUAUGUCUUUUGUAACUCAAAGAAAAGUAGUUCAGUAUAUAAAGGUUUCUUAAGUUUUAGCUGAUGUAGGUUCAAUAUUUUCAAGUCUUAUGCUUCUUAGUAUUAUUAUUUCUUCUAUUAAUGAAUUUUUAAUGGAAGAAGAAUUACUUUAAUAAAUUAUUGGGAUCUACUAUCCAUAAUUCUGUUAGUUAUAAUUUACAAGAUUAUUUAAUUUUGGUCCUGUAACUGAAGUUAAAUAUAAAGAUAAAAUUAUUAAUCUUGAAUAAUUUUUAAAAUUCUAUAAAAAUGCUAAGACCAUAGCUAAAAAUAAACUUACAGUACAUAGUAGCAUUUAUCAAACAUCUAGAUUAUAAUUUGCUAUAUAAGGAUUAAUUUCUAGAGAAAGUCUCAAAAAAUUAAAUUUUUAAGGAAUUAAAUUAAAUCUGAAUUAUGAUAACAUAAUUAAAUCUCCUAGAGAAAAUUAGGUAUAGACAUCAAAAUCUUCGGUUAUCGAAUAUGAGGAAAUAGAAGAUCAUGUAAAUUUGUUAUUUAUGGAUGAAGAUUUUGAUUUAUUUGAUCAGGAUGAUCAUAAAUAGAAUGAAAAAUAAAAAAUUAUAGAAGAAAACUAGCCAUAACAAGAAAAUUAAAAUGAUAUUUAAUAAUUAAAUUUAUGA